UACAGAGGAGCAGGUUCUGAAAAACCAAGAAAAACGAGGCACAAAGCAAAACCAGAGUAGAGAAGGGCCGUGGGGUGAAGCUGUUAAGGUCAACCAUGUUGUGAAAGCUGCCAGUGCCCAGGGAGCCCUGAUUGUCGCAAUCCACAUCAAGUAGCUAGAGAUGCAAGCUGGGAGCCAGGAUCAUAGCAUAGUUCAGUUAGAGAAAGCCACGCUGGGCAGGGACUGGGGGACACCAGGCUAACCUAACCAUCCCAGGGUAUCAGGGAGAUUCAAAUAGGCUACCUUUACUGCAGCAGAGCCUCCUGGAAGCCAUCCUGGUCUCGGGUGAGCUCUGUGGGAUGCCAGGAAGCCUGUCAUGUGUUGGUGCUGGGAAAGAAGGAGGUGGCGCGGAAUCUAAUACCAAUUUUUCACAAAACAGGCAUUUAUAGAUGGUUUGUUGCGUGCCAGGCACUGUGCCCAGCCCUAGGAGUCUUGCAGUAAUCUGAGAGACUAGAAACAGGCCUCUAGGAAAGACUAAAUCUGCCACCAAACAUAUUCUACAUAAAAGUUGUCCUGAUUGGGCCUGAGCUACUUUCUGUACCCUUCAGUGGGGCUCAAUUUCCACGAUGAGCGUGCUCUCAACGCCCUUCCAGGCCCAUGUGCUCUCCAGUUUGCACAGACCAGGUGUCAGGAGAGUCAGGCACACAAGCACAUACCCCCUCCCCCACCAGGUGGAGGGGAGAGGGCUGUCCUGGCUCAGGUAGCUGGGCUGGGGAGGAGGCACUGGGAUCAGGAGGGGAGGGGGCCAUGAUGGUUGGCUCAUCAGAGGCUUCCUGAGGUUUCUCUGGCUGACUCCUAGGGGUAGCAGACAAUCAGCACAUUGUCACCAGGGCUGCAGCAUGGAACAGGGGAGCUGCUGUGCAGAGGGCCCUGAGCCUGGGCCUGUUGGGGUGAGUGCCUUCCCACUACCCAGUGCCCUCUCCUGAGACAAAGACCCAGGGCAUGCCCUGAGCAAGAGACAGGAAGGCAGUGCCCAUCUUCCAUACCUCCUCAGCCCCUACCUUCUCUAAGCUGGCCUGCUCGCUGAUCUCUGUUCUAGGCUCCACUGACUGAAAUGUGCCCCCAAGUGAAGACCAGGCCCUGCCAUGGGUGCUGGAAAACCCCUGGCCCGCUGCUGCUGCUGCUGCUAGCACUGGCUGUUGUUGGGGCUGUGGCUGGAGGGCUUCUUGGCCUCGCUCAUAGCCCUCCCAAGCCACUGCUGCAGAUGCUCCAUCUGACCCUCCCGAGCCCCAGGGUGUACCAGUACAACCAAACUACCCAAGUGGAUGCGGCCCGGAAUGUGGCAACCAUCAGGGUGACCCCGGCUCAGAGCAACCACAGCUGGGCGGUGUUGUUCGACGGGGAGAGCGGAUGUGUCUGCUACCGCCCCGCAGAGCACAAGGCCUGCUUCCUCCGCCUAAUGGAUCCCCAAGAUCAUGAGACCCUGCAGCUUCUGAUGAACACCUCAAGGGCCCAAGGGUCUCACAGCCCCAGCCAGGACACCCACUAUACCCAGGAGCUGCUGGAAGUUCUCGGGAGACAUGAGGUGGACCCUGCUCAGGUGGGGGCUUCAGUGCGGCACCUUUGUGAAAAGACCCCCAUUUACUGGGCCCGUCGCGCAGAGGGUGAGUCAGGGCUGGCUGUGGGGAGAGGCCUGGGCUCCUGCAGGACAGUCUGGGAGAGGGGGAGGCGCCCUUUGGGGUUUACAGAGGACCCUACCCCCAGGGCCACGGAGGCAGCGGCUGAUCUACCUGUGCAUCGACAUCUGCUUCCCAAGCAACGUCUGCGUGUCAGUUUGCUUUUAUUACCUCCCAGACUGAACCCCCAGCACUCCCAGCCCCACAGGCCAGCCAGCCAGCCAGCCCCAUCACCGGUACCAUGGAGGGCAGCUGCCGGCAGGGGCUAAUAAACCCCUCCACUUGGCUGUGAUGGUGUUCUCUGUGGCC